GCUCUUUACUCUUGCCUUUCUCAUUGAUGUGAAAGGACUCGGCCAUAUUUAUUAGCGACUAACUAACAUUCUACUAUUAUUAUAAAACCUCCAUUACUUUUUUUUUGCUUUCAUCCUCUUCCCUCAAACUUGCUAAUUACUACUACUAGACUUGGAAAUAUCACAAAUACCAUCUUGUUUUUUCAUUUCUCUGAAUUGGGUUCUGUUUCUUUUUAGAUCAUGAGCUGUGAGGGGAAGGAAAAGUCCAUGGCUGAGGUGUAUGAUGAAUAUGUGAGAAGUAAGGCUUGUGAAAGAGUUGUCAAACCAAUCCCUAAGGUGAAAAGCAAAGAGAGGGUGAAUUUCAUCAACCCUUUGCCUAGGAGCGGGAAAUCACGAAGAAACAAAUCUCUUCCUUUGUUUAAAUUCAAUUUAACGGCAUUGAAGCAUCCCAAUUUUAUAUUGACAACAUAUCCUUAUUCAAAUAGGGCGAAAGUUCCUCGGGGAUUACUGAAGAAGAAACACAUGGUAAACAAUGGAGGAGACCAAAUCUAUUUGUGGAGAUACCUUCUAAAUCAUCGGAUGCCUCCAAUCAAGAGUUCGUGCAGGUUAAAAUGCUUCCAACACCGACACCUACACCAAAAAGGGUGAAUUUCCUUUUGACGCCUAGUUCUUCUAAUUCAAGAGCAAACGCGUUUCCUAGUCCCUCCUCAUGCAGAAGCAAAUCAUCCAUUAGGAAUCUUUUGCCGAAACUAAGCUUCAAAUCGCGCAAUACGAAUUCAGAUACAGAAAAGGCAGCCUUAUCAGAUGAGAAGGUGUCCAUAUCAAGGUCUUGGUCAUUCUCUAAAUUAUUUACACCACGAGUGAAGAGGACUUCAUCUUUACCCGUUACACCAAUUGAACAUCCAAAUCCAGAGUCUUCUAGUGGAAGUAACAGCAGAACCUUGACAUUUGGUACAAAAGAUGCACAUCUGCGCAUUUCUAGAUCACUUUCUCUCCCGGUCGUUAACAAAGAACGAAGGACUAGGAGAGUAGAAUCUUUCUUUCGAGUUGUUCCUUCAACCCCUCAAGUGAAGGAUGGAAAUUCCACUGUUCCAGCUGCAACUCCAACCAAAGUAUCUGACGAUAAUGAAUCAAAUGGUGAAGAUAUACCUGAAGAGGAAGCUGUUUGUCGAAUAUGCCUGGUUGAAUUGUGUGAGGGUGGAGAGACACUCAAGAUGGAAUGCAGCUGCAAAGGUGAACUUGCUUUGGCUCACCAAGAAUGUGCUUUUAAAUGGUUCAGCAUAAAAGGUAACAGAACGUGUGACGUCUGCAAGCAAGAAGUUCUAAACCUACCUGUCACACUACGUCGCAUCCAAAGUGCAAAUGUGGGAUCUAAUAGGUUCCAGCACUUGGAAAUAAAUGGAUACAGGGUUUCACAGGAACUACCCAUUCUUGUCAUUGUCAGCAUGCUUGCCUACUUUUGCUUUCUUGAGCAGCUUCUGGUUGGAACAAUGGGUACCGGUGCAAUUGCUAUAUCAGUUCCCUUUUCUUGUGUACUAGGUCUGCUUUCGUCUUUGGCAUCUUCAACCAUGGUGAAGAGAAGGUUUGUCUGGGUUUAUGCAUCAGUUCAGUUCGUCCUCGUGGUAUUCUUUGCUCAUAUGUUCUACUCCUUGGUUCAUGUACAAGCAGUUCUUUCAAUUCUUCUCUCAACAUUUGCUGGUUUGGGAGUUGCAAUGGGUGGAUGUUCCAUACUUGUCGAGUUCCUUAGAUGGAAAAGGCGGCGACAGCUCUUGUUAGAUAUGCUGCAAAAUUCUCAGCUGAAUCAAACAGCAAUGUCGUCCCACAUAGAUCAUCAACCGGAUAUAGAAAAUCCGGCAACAUUUAGUGGGAGCUAGAUAGUCAAUUAUGUUAUAACAGCAGUUUGAAAGGCAUUUAAAUUCAAAGUUGUUGUAGGAAAUGGCUUGUUGUGUAUAUUUUGAAAUUACUUAUUCUGCACUGAGAAGUAGAGAUGUUUAUUGUACUACUCUGGAAGCUUAGAUUGAAAAAAAAGCUUCCAUAUAUAAGCAAAAGAAAAGAUGUAAAGAGCAAGAAAAUAUUGUCAGGGUUCCACCUUUUUGUUGCUGUGUGUUUUGUAUAGAAAAAAACAUUUGGUAAAGCCCUGAAUUUUCUGAA